AUGCAUAUAAUUGCAGACUAUCCUGACUAUGAUAGGGAAGAUGGAAUAUUCAAAAUUACUACAGAUGGCAGAAAUAAUGCAACAAAUGAAAUCAACUCUGAGCUAAAUCUUGAUUCACUCUACUUUAAAUGUAUUGAGGAUAAUGCUGCUUCUGAGAUCUGGAAUACAGAACAACAAAUCAAAUUUCCCAACCAGUGUCAAAUGUCUAAUGAAAAUCACAUUUCUUUGGCUGAUGUUUAUCUGUCCCCCACUAUUUGCAAAGAAUCUGAACAUGAUCAACAUACAACGAAAGAAGACCAGUCACAUAAUGUUGUAUACCAAAAUGAAGAGGGUAAAUGGGUGACAGAUCUUGCAUAUUAUACCUCAUUUGAUAAAGAACAAAAAUCCAAUGUUUCAGACAUAAGUGGAGACUUUAUAACUGGAGCUGAAGCAAUAGCUAUGAUUGCCCAAGAUCAGGAAGUAUUUGAAAGGGAACACAGAUUUAUACAGGAAGAGAAAAUGGACCUGCAAAAUACAUCUGGAUUAGAAGAUGCAUCUUGGAAAUCAGUUAAUAACCAUAAUAUAUUAAGAGACUCUCAAAAUGACUUUAAUAGAGAUGCAAGUUAUUUACGACUUUCUCUGGGAGAAUUCUUUGGUCAGAAAUCUGAGGCUCUUGGUUGUCUUGGUGGAAGUGGUGAUGUGAAACGGCCAUCUUUUGGUUAUCAUAUCACUUCUCCAAAGAAGAGACAGCCCAUAGCUUUGUUGAGGCAAUCUGAUAUAUAUUCAACAAACUCUGGUGAACAGGAUUUGAAUAUUUCUAGUAAUUGUCAAGGUGUUCGCAAACUUGAUUAG